CAGCUACGAACAUAUUCGGCGGCGCAUUCGUUUUCUUUCAUUUCAAGUGUAGCCGCACGAGCUCGAGCACGCGACUUGUCAACGCCGAGUGGGAAAAUCUGAUAUUCUUCAAAAGAAUUUUUUACUGUGUCUCUUUUGUAAGAAGUAUACAAAGCAAAAAGCAUAAUGGGCAAGGAUGGUAAAACUGCUGAUCCCUUUGGAUUCGUCAAGGAUUUCGCCGCGGGUGGUAUCUCCGCUGCCGUCUCAAAGACUGCUGUUGCACCCAUUGAGCGUGUGAAACUGCUGUUGCAGGUUCAACACAUCUCAAAACAAAUCAGCCCCGAUAAGCAAUACAAGGGCAUGGUUGAUUGCUUUGUCCGCAUUCCAAAAGAACAAGGUUUUAUGUCAUACUGGCGUGGUAACUUGGCCAAUGUUAUCAGAUACUUCCCAACUCAAGCUUUGAACUUCGCCUUCAAGGAUGUGUACAAACAGGUUUUCUUGGGUGGUGUUGACAAGCACACUCAGUUCUGGCGUUAUUUCGCGGGUAACUUGGCCUCCGGUGGUGCUGCUGGUGCCACUUCCUUGUGCUUCGUCUACCCAUUGGACUUUGCCCGUACCCGUUUGGCUGCUGAUGUCGGUAAGGGUGGUCAACGUGAAUUCACCGGUCUCGGCAACUGCUUGGCCAAGACUUUCAAGAGUGACGGUCUUGUUGGUUUGUACCGUGGCUUCGGUGUUUCCGUACAAGGUAUCAUCAUCUACCGUGCCGCUUACUUCGGCUUCUACGAUACUGCCCGUGGUAUGUUGCCCGACCCCAAGAACACACCCAUCUACAUCAGCUGGGCUAUUGCUCAAGUUGUUACAACUGUUGCUGGUAUUGUAUCCUAUCCAUUCGAUACUGUGCGUCGUCGCAUGAUGAUGCAGUCUGGCCGCAAGGCAACCGAAAUCAUCUACAAGAACACAUUGCACUGCUGGAGCACAAUUGCCAAGCAAGAAGGUACUGGCGCCUUCUUCAAGGGUGCCUUCUCCAACGUACUCAGAGGUACUGGUGGCGCUUUCGUGCUUGUAUUGUACGAUGAAAUCAAGAAGGUCUUGUAAAGUAAUUAACAUCUAACUAUCUAAUUGAGCUAAAACAAUUAUUUAAUUUAAAUAUUAAAGUAAUAAAAACAAAAAUUUAAAAAACAAAAAUACCAACAACAAGCAGUUACCAUACAUUAUUGAAAUAAGCGAUAUAAAUAAAUAAAUGUAAAACAAAAUCGUUGCGUAAUGCAAACAAUACGAAGAUAGAGCGAGAUAAAUAACCAACAACAGUAAUUCAACAACCACAACAACAACAACACUGAUGAAUCAUUAGUAAAUGUUCAAUCACAAACAAAUACGGAAAAGUGAAAAAUACAAAAAUUAAUAAAAAUUGUAAAA